ACCUGACCGCGUUUAUUCGUUGGGCUCGCCUUCAGCAUGAACGACCUCAAGUCAGCCACGAGCUAUACGAGCACCUCCCUUCACGAGGCUGUCAAACUGCGCCUGGACGAGCCGGGAUCCUUUUCGAAGUCAGUCCUGCCGCAGACGAUUCCCCAGUUCUUCAAGGAGGCAUGUGAGAAGUAUGCCGAUCUGCCCGCCUUGGUGUGGGAAACGCCAGGAUCGGGAGUCGAUGGUUGGACCACUCUAAAAUAUGGCGAAUACCAGCAGCGAGUGGAGCAGGCCGCUUUGAUGCUGCUGAGCGUAGGAGUCGAGGAGCGCAGUUCGGUGGGUAUCCUGGCCUUCAAUUGUCCUGAAUGGUUCUUUACUGAGUUUGGAGCUCUACAAGCUGGAGCCGUAGUUGCUGGCAUUUAUCCAAGCAACUCGGCGGAGGCAGUUUAUCAUGUCUUGGCCACCGGCGAGUCCUCCGUUUGUGUGGUGGACGAUGCCCAGCAGAUGGCCAAAUUGAGGGCAAUUAAGGAACGUUUGCCCCUGCUCAAAGCUGUGAUCCAGCUGCACGGACCCUUUGAGGCCUUCGUCGAUCAGGAACCCGGCUUCUUCAGCUGGCAGAACCUGCAGGAGCGCACCUUCUCCAGCGAACUCAGAGAGGAACUGGUGGCCCGGGAAUCCCGGAUUCGUGCCAACGAGUGUGCCAUGCUGAUCUUCACCUCUGGCACAGUGGGUAUGCCCAAGGCGGUAAUGCUGUCCCACGACAACAUCAUUUUUGACGCCAAAUCCGCGGCGAUUGGCCUGAAGGAUGUGCAAGUCGGCAAGGAGAGCUUCGUGAGCUACCUGCCGCUGAGUCAUGUGGCUGCCCAAAUUUUCGAUGUCUUUCUGGCUCCAGUUCAUGCCGGAUGUGUUACCUUUGCGGACAAGGACGCGCUCAAGGGCACGCUGAUCAAAACCUUUCGCAAGGCCAGGCCAACGAAAAUGUUCGGAGUUCCACGCGUUUUCGAGAAACUUCAAGAACGUCUGGUGGCCGCAGAGGCCAAGGCGAAACCCUAUUCCAGACUCCUUCUAGCUCGGGCUAGAGCGGCUGUGGCCGAACACCAGAUAACACUGAUGGCGGGAAAAUCCCCAUCCAUUUAUGGAAGUACCAAGUACUGGCUAGCUUCUCGCAUCAUAAAGCCCAUUCGUGAGAUGAUAGGACUGGACAAUUGUCGUGUUUUUCUGACCGGUGGAGCUCCCACCUCGGAUGAGAUGAAGCAGUUCUUCCUUGGUUUGGACAUUCCACUGGGCGAGUGCUAUGGAAUGUCGGAAAGCGGUGGUGCCAUCACCCUGAAUGUGGAAAUCAGCAAUUUAUACAGUGCCGGGCAGGCAUGCGAGGGAUUGACACUGAAGAUCCACGAGCCCGACUGCAAUGGCCAGGGGGAGAUCUUGAUGCGGGGUCGCAGCAUUUUCAUGGGCUAUCUGGGAUUGCCGGAAAAGACCGAGGAGUCGAUCAAUGAGGACGGCUGGCUGCACUCCGGCGACUUGGGCUACUUCGAUGCCAAGGGAAAUCUGGUGAUCUCCGGUCGACUCAAGGAGCUGAUCAUCACCGCCGGCGGGGAGAACAUUCCCCCGGUGCACAUCGAGGAGCUGAUCAAGAAGGAGCUGCCCUGCGUGAGCAAUGUGCUACUCAUCGGCGAUCAUCGUAAGUAUCUGUCGGUGUUGCUGUCCCUGAAGACGAAGUCCGAUGGCAAGACGGGGGUUCCCCUGGACGCACUGCGCGAGGAGACGAUCGAGUGGCUACGCGAUCUGGACAUCCAUGAGACCCGUCUCUCCGAUCUCCUGUCCAUUCCCGCCGAUCUGCAGCUACCCAACGACACUGCCGCAGUGGCAGCUGCCCUGGAAAUCAGCGCUGAGCCCAAGCUCCUGGAAGCCAUCGAGGAGGGCAUCAAGCGGGCCAACAAACAUGCCAUCUCGAAUGCCCAAAAAGUGCAGAAGUUCGCCCUCAUUCCCCACGAGUUUUCACUGGCCACCGGAGAACUGGGUCCCACGCUCAAAAUCAGGCGAAAUAUUGUCCACGCCAAAUACUCGACAGUCAUAGAGCGUCUGUACAAGUAAUACAGUUUAACAAUGCAUUUUUUAGCUUAGGUCUAGAUUUUAUUACUCAAAGUUUACAAUGUAAUCGAUUCUUAUAUUAAAUAUAUUUUAAGACAUAAUAAACUCAAUAUAUUUGUUUA